AUGCAAAAGAUUGAAACACAACUGCUCAUAAUAGGAGCACCGAAGGCCAAGAGUCGAAGCAAUACGUCCAUCGCAACAGGUUUAAUUUUCACGUGCCGAUUGCAACUGAACGUGAAAAGAGUGACUUGCAAACCGUUGGGUUCUGAUAAUGAAUAUGAAGAUUUGGUGUUCGCUAGAUUCUCAACGUACUCAGACUUUUUUCGGAAUGACAUGUGGUUCGGGGCCACAAUUACGACCGUAUCGAAUGGAAAAUUAUUAGUUUGUGCCCCUCGGUAUGCAACGCCGUACAAGAAUACUCAUUUGUUAAUGAACGGGGCUUGUUAUAUUCAAGCAGAGAAUAGAGGUGCUACUCUCCUACCAUUGAAGGAAAUGAAUAGACAGGCCUUCGUAACAGAUGGAACUAGAAAGGAGUUUGGUGAUUACGGAACUCACCUCAAUUUCUACGCUUACGGCCAAGCUGGGAUGUCACUUAAAGAGACUGGAAAUAACAGUGUGAUUGUAGGAGCCCCUGGUCUACUGCAGUGGACAGGAGGAAUAGUGGAAUAUAAAUAUUAUCCUGAUACAAAAAGUAUUUACUUUGGUAAACAGCCCAUUACAAACCCUUAUUACACUAAAGAAGUUGCUCCUGACGAUUAUUUAGGUUACAGUGUAGAGUCCGGUGUCUUCGAAGCGAACGGCAAAACUCUAUACGUGGCUGGAGCACCUCGCUCUAAAUCUGGACUUGGGCAAGUCCUAAUAUUCGAACCGUCGUUCAAAGAGUCAGACCCAAUCCACAUAAAAGCCAAAGUGACUGGACCGCAGCUGGGUUCAUACUUCGGUGCCACUUUGUGCUCUGCUGACAUCAAUGGUGACGGAAUCAGUGAUUUGCUUGUGGGAGCUCCCAACUAUGUACAUAAGAACGACACAAUUACAUUUAACCAAGGCGCUGUGUUUGUUUACUUGACGGAACAGCAGUUUCAGGAUGACUUUAAGCUAAAAGAGGCAGGUUUUGUUAGCGGUACCAGAGAAAAUGGCGCACAUUUCGGUCUUACCAUAGCUGUUCUUGGUGAUGUGGACGGAGAUGGCUUUAAUGAUAUCGCUGUUGGUGCUCCUUGGGAGGACAACGGGUCCGGUGCAGUUUAUAUUUACCGAGGCGGUAAAACCGGUUUGAGAAGCGACUAUGCCCAGAAAAUCAAGGUGGCGGGCGCAAAAACUUUCGGCGGUUCUAUAUCUAAGGCUGUCGAUGUUGAUAAUAAUAAUUGUAAUGAUUUAGCCAUAGGUGCCUACAAAUCCAAAACAGCAUACAUCUUCAGAUGUGUACCUACGAUCCACGUUGAUAUUUCUAUCAGAGUGCCGGAUGCAAUGAAUUUGCAACCCAAUUCUACCAACUUUACAGCUCUGUUUUGUGUAAAGGCCACUGAGAAUAGUUUGUGGUCUCAAGUAAGAUUAGAUCUAAAAGCAUUCGUAGAAAUAGACAGUGAAGGAAGUCGGGCGAUGUUGGAUGGAGAUUCAGAAUACCAGGUCUCCGUUAAACCUGGAAUCGAAAUAUGCGAAGAACAUAUUGUAAAAGUGCAUCCAACGGCCGACUUAUCAAAUCCUAUUUCAAUGAAAUUCAAUUUGGCGCCAAUCGAAACCUUCCAAGACAGCACGUCAUUCCCUAGCCACGUGGCUCGGCUGUCAGAUGACUCGAUUCUCAGUACCUCUUUCGACAUUCAAUUAACAAGGGACUGUGGUGAAGAUUUAAUUUGUAAGCCAUUAUUAGACAUGACACUCGAGUCUUUGGACAGUCCUUACAUACCGGGAACAGAUAACCGGCUUGGCCUCAAAAUCAAUAUAAUUAACAAGGAGGAAGCGUCGUAUGGCGCCAUAGUCCACUUGACUCUACCCUCGUUGCCGAAAAGAUUACCAAGUGUGUGUUCUUUGGACGAAUAUAACGUGACUUGCAAGGUGCCUUCACCAAUGUACAGAGGGGAAGCUGUCGAGUGGGUUAUCGAAGUAGAGUAUGCGCAAAAGGAAGUUAAUAAUAAGGAAAUCCGUAUAGAAGUGAAGUUACAUGUACCCUUCUACCGCGGAACCGAUAUGGAGAAAAUUGUAAAAGAGCUUAGGAUUUUUGUGACACCAAAAGCAAGCUUUUCUAUUAGUGGGAAGCCAUUACCAAACUCAACUGUUCCUGUGACAAGAGACAAAUUCAACGCACGCGACAAGAUUUACUUUGUACAUUAUUUUGAGGUAAUGAACUUUGGCCCGUCCGAUUGGUUUAAUUUAUCGGCGCAGCUUUUACUCUCCGAUAAGGCAAACGUAUCCAAUAAGAUAAAAGGCUGUUCUGAAGGAGCAUUGAUUGAGUGUUCCUGGUCUAUUCCUGCGAAAGUUUCCCUACCCGUAGCGGUACCUUUAAACUUCGAUUUGAAUAUAUUUGGUGAUUUCCUUGAAGAAAAUAAAUCGUAUGGUAUAACGACUACCCUACUACUGAUGGACGAACAAAAUAAGACAACCUCGAUUACUACAACCCUAACGUUGGAGCCAGCUCCUCCCAUUUGGCCCGUCGUAGUUGGGUGUAUAGCUGGGCUGCUACUUUUGUCACUCAUAGUCUUCGUUAUGUACAAAUACGGUUUCUUCUCUCGACAAAGACGCGAAGAUCUCAAACGUCUCCAGGAGCAAAGCUUAUCCGAACCGAGCACAUCACUAGCUGACGUCAUAUCCACAGAUGCAGAAGAAUCCACCACAGAACUUCUAUCGGAUUCAGAUUAA